AUGGAAGUGUUUAGCUUUGAGAAAAAGAUUAAGCAUUACAGCAGCUAUCAGAAGAUACUCUUAGCCGGAGAAGGAGACUUCUCUUUUUCUGUUUGCUUAGCUAGAGCUUUUGGCUUGGCUGUCAACAUGGUUGCGACUUCUCUCGACUCCAGAGAGUCUUUGAUGCUGAAUUAUUCAAAAGCUAUGAGCAAUGUGAAGGAGUUAGAGGCCAGGGGAUGCAAAGUAUUGCAUGAGGUGGAUGUCCACAGCAUGAGCCAACACCCUUUCUUGAUUAGGGUACGCUUUGAUCGCAUAAUCUAUAAUUUUCCUCACGCCGGUUUCUUUUCUUCUGAACGCAACAGGUUACAAAUUUGGUUUCAUCAGGAUUUGGUCAGGGGAUUCCUCAAGAAUGCAUGCGAAAUGCUGACUGCGAUAGGAGAAAUUCAUGUGACACACAAGACAACAUUUCCUUUCACUGAAUGGAAAAUAGUGGAGUUAGCAAAAGAGGUUGGGUUAUAUCUGGUUGAUGAAGAACAGUUCUCACUAUUGGAUUAUCCAGGUUACGAAAAUAAGAGAGGAGCUGGGAUGUGUGAUAAAACUUUUCAUGUUGGAAUGUCUAGCACCUUCAAAUUUGCCAAGCUGUUGUACAGUUCUACCACUUCAUGGUCUGGAUGUUCUGGAAUUGAUGUUCCUCACAUGCAACGGUUGCAUCAGCAUUUUGUGAUGGGAUACUUGAAUAGUUCCAGUGAGAUGCACAGGGCUUCGUAUCCUUUCAGUGACAGGGAAAUGGAGAAGUUAACAAAAGAGGUUGGCUUGUUUUUGGUUAAAGAAGAAGAGUUCUCACCAUGGGACUGUUCAUGUGCUGCUUCCAGUUUCCACCCUGGUACUUUAACCAUUAGUUUAUGGUCAGUUGACAUAGUAGAUAUGGCUUGCACUCAUUUAGAGAGCUUGGAAAAGAAGAAGCCAAAGCAUGGCCACAAGAAUUUGAGACCUCCAUAA